UCUCUCACCUUGCUGAAUCCUGUAGUUCUGCUGAGGUCUUGGGUUGAGUUGGUGCAGGCUGAGAUACCAGCCAGGGCUUGAAACAGAAAUUUCUCAGUACGUGUCUGCCCUGUGUGGAGGGUUGUGCUUGAACGCCCCCCAGAAGCGUCUCAGCAGCCACCAGCUCCGCGUGUCAUGGGCUGUAGGCUGAGGUACCUGCCCUGGGUGCGUGGGGAUGUGCUCCUCAUCGGCACGCUGAGGUGGGGAGAAGUAGGAUCAGGGACAGGCUGGCUUAUGAGUUUACUGAGGUGAAGGCAUCGCUGGUUUAUGGGAGAUGGCGGGAAGGAUUACUAGGAGGGUGAGAUUCUCUGAAAGAUUCUUGUUUGACAUGGAAAAGCCCUUUGGAAGGGUGAGAUCCCACAGCCUUUUUUUAGUAACUUUCUACAACUCUUUGGACUGUAAGCCCAGCGAGAGCUUGCUGUGUGGCACCAUGUUGGUGGUAGUUGACACCACUAGAUGCCGUGUCCUUCCCUUCCCAAGGAAGCGGUGCAGAUUUUAACUGUCUUCAGUACUCUGAACCUAACCAAUAGCAUUUUUUUGUCUAAAGAACUCCCUUUUGCUUUUUUUUUGAUGCAGCAGCUGUUUUUGAUCCAUGGUGGUGUGUUCUUGUCAGCAGUUCAGGCAUGUGAGAGGCUCUGCUAUCCCACCUGGCUUCCUUGAAGUGAGGAGCCUUCCUUGAAGGCUUUGUACCCAUGACUGUCUGUGGGGUUGGUAUGGGAGAGCUUCACCCUUGCCCCUGGAAAAGGGUUUGUUGGGAGGGAGCCCUCAUCUCCCCCAGUGUUCCUGGUGCUGAAAACCAACAUGGUGUCGGCUAUUCCAGUUACGUCUGCAGAACUUGUCCAGAUAAUCCAGCGUUCCCAGCUGCUGCUUCUCCUUCUGACCAGCCAGCUCAUGUUUCUGGCACUUCAACAAGGAUGUUGAUGUUUUGUUUGUCGGUGGUGAUCAAGCUUUUCUUCCAGCUGGAUGCAUCUGUUUGCCCCAAGAAAUGUGAGUGCUCUUCAAAAAAUGCAAUUCACUGCUCUGGUCCCCACAUAAAAGACCUGGAAUCGUUAAAUCUGCCUUGUAACGUGACAGAAAUUCACAUAACGGACACCGACGUAACAUACGUGCAAGAUGUUUUUGCUAGGAUGGUGGAACUGCAGCAUCUUAUCUUGUCUUCAAACAACAUCUCUCUGAUAUCACCAGGGGCUUUUAAAGGCUUGAGAAGGCUAAAAGCCCUCAAACUGCUAGAUAAUAAGCUGGUUGAACUUCCUCCAGGAGUGUUUGAUGACAUGGUACAGCUUCAGCAGUUGAUCGUUGAAAAUAACAGGUUGAAAUCCAUCGAAGAAAAUCUGUUUGACAAACUAGCUAGUUUGGAGGAGGUUUUCUUGAACAAAAACCAACUAACAGCACUUCCUAGUGGUGUGCUGAAGAAACUUGCCAAACUCAAAGUACUGAACUUGUCAAGAAAUUGUUUGGCAGCACUUCCCAGAAAUAUAUUUAGUGCGUUAGCCAGGCUUGAGAAGCUGAUGUUGUAUUUUAACAGGCUGUCUUCAAUAGAGUCUGGGAUGUUUGAUAGCCUGAAGGAGCUGCUGGAACUCUUCCUGCAUUCCAAUAACAUCCAGUCCAUCGCCCCUGAUGCGUUUCAUUGUCUUCGUAAACUGAGAAGCCUAACGCUCUCCAGAAACAGGCUUGAGGCUUUGCCUCCUGGACUCUUUCUGCAUUUGCAUGACCUGUCUAAAUUGACCUUGUACAGGAACCCACUCAAGUCUCUUCCAGAAGUAUUGUUUGGAGAAAUGAGGCACCUUGGUAGCCUGUGGCUGUAUCACACAAAGCUCUCAACAGUACCAGAUUUUGUGUUCAGUAACUUGACAAAUUUGGAGCUGCUUGUGCUAAGUUUUAAUCCAGAGCUUAGUGUUCUUCCCAAGAAUGUAUUCAGUGGUCUGAAUGAACUGCAAGGCCUUUCUCUGCAUACAAAUAAUAUUUCCAGUCUGCCAGAGGGCAUCUUCCUGAGCCUUCAGAAACUGCAGAACAUUUCACUUCACGAUACGAGGCUUGAGGUUCUUCCUAGAAACCUCUUUCAUAAUCUCAAGCACCUUCAGAAAGUUUACCUCAAUAGUACGAAGCUGCAGUCUCUUCCUGGAGAUUUCUUUACUGCUUUACCCGAGCUGCAAGAAGUCGUCCUUGAUGACAACCCUUGGAAAUGCGAUUGCCAAAUUCUUGGCUUCCGAGAGUGGCUCCAGAAGAGCAUGGAGAUAGUUAAAAACACUCCAUCCCUAAUGUGUGACAGCCCGCUGGCCCUACAGAAUAUUUCUCUCGUGGCUCUAACAGAUGAUCACCUGCAGUGCCCGCCAACCACAGCCAUUACAUACCACAUGUUCAGCUCAACCUAUUCCCAGGCUUCGACUGCUCUUGUGACGGAGCACUUAGCAUCAUCUUGGGAGACUGCUGUAACAGCGGUGUCCGACACGGCUACCAGCACACCCACAUCGGUUCCUCUUGCAGCUCCAGACUUUACCUAUUCCCAUGCUGAAGAUGUUGGACAGCCUAGGUUUCAUUUCUCAGAUGUUCCAAUCCAAACUUCUCCCAGUGUCAUAGUAGAAACCAACAGUGUCAGAGGAACAGAUUUAACUACUCUUGCCCAGUGGGAUGAGCUGCCAGCCCGCAGGAGUGCUAACCCCAAUUUUAAUGCCAGAGUUUCUUAUUGUCAGCUAUUUUUGUGCCUUCACAGUUUGAUUUUAGCACUCCAGACCGUAACCAUUGUACUCGGUCUGUAUGUGAUGGGUAAAACCAGGCAACUCUUGCACUCCAGGAAUGCUCCUGCUCAGCCUGUAGUUCUGAUACAUUUUUUUAAGAAGAUGGAGAAUACCAGCCAAAGAGAGGAUUAGAAGCACUGUUUUGGAUGCGUUUCAAGCAUUUGAGCGGUUGACACUUGAUUCGGAUAUGGAUUACAAGUCUUUAUAGCAAGAACCAUAAAGACCUUGUCUUUACAGCGUAAUGAAAAUGUGCUUUUAUGUACCUUACAGUGUUUGCCAAAAGUGAUUGUAGUCACUGUAUAUUGCUACAGCGCUUGGUGCAUGAACCCAGAGGGAGCUGAAGGAAAAUCUGUGGUCACUUCUAUGUGUGUGUUACUAUUUUCCUGCCUGGGGCUGCAGCCCCGUCCCUCCAGACACCACCUGCUCCGAUGGAAGUGGCACCAACACAGGGAAGCCUACAUAGGAACGCUGCUUCAGCUGUGCUUUAAAGGCUGCCCGUACUACUCCAAAUGCUAUUAUGCCUUGUACUGCCUGCAAUGUUUUGUCUCCUUAUUAAGAAAAUAAAUGGGUUUUUUUGGGAGGAGAUGCUGGAAAAGACCUUUUAAA